CGAACGUAGUUGGAAAAUCUUCAACAAAAAUUUUGAAGAAAAUAUGCAUCGCUUCAGGGAUAAUGCCAGGCAGGCACAGCGUCAAGAAGCCAAUUGGGAAGAGACAUUGCGCUUGGCCCAAAUGGAUGUCGCUCUGCUGAAGAUCAAUGACAGCAACCUACACUACAAGGAGGAUGUGGAAAACCAAGUGAAUCUCAACCCAGAGGAUACCGAGAAGGAGCUGCUGCAGCUAAAGUGGCUGGACUUUCUGGCCCUCAAGAUUGAUAGCUGCCCAUCGUCAGUUCCCACCAGUACUGUCCAUCCUCGCAGCCGCUCCGUUAACCGGAAGCCGCAAAGGACCUCCAAUCUUCAGCGAUCUUGGACUCGCGUCCAGUCGGUGGACAGGGAGAAAAUGGAUGAGGAUCCGACUUUUUACUUUGAACGCUGGCCGCGUUACAACGAUUCGGUGCCCUCGAUGGCAGGCAGUUUGCUGUCCAUGGCCAAGCCAUUGGAGGAGCACUGUGACAACAUGCAGACCUCCACCAGUAAGGAGAUUAUUACAAUGAAGCCACAAAUGAUGAAGCCACGCGAGGUGCUGAUGGACUUGAAACAGAUCCAGAAACAAAAGUGUGACUAAGGCCAAACUUGAGAUGCUUCGGUGAA